UAAGAAACCGAAAAUUGCGGUUUUCUGGAAACCUGGAUUAGGCUGACAUGGAUGCAAUUACCGUCAAAUCUAUUAACGAAAUGCCACUGGGCACCGUUGCCAGCAACAAAAUUAGUUGCGGGAGCAGCAACAGCAGUAGUGGCUACGCGAGUGCCACCAAUACCCCUACCAAUCCCACAUCGAUUGGAAACAAUAACAGUCACAUCCGCUAUUCGGAAUCGCACUCUACUACACCUGUGGGCAUGGUAGAACCUACACCAGUGGCCACAAUUGCUGCAGUAACGCCGUACUACAAUGAGACUUUCCAGCAGCAGCAACAACAGUUACAACAAUAUUACUCACACCUACAGCAGGACCAUCCCUCACAUUCAUAUCAAUUGACAGAUCCAUUGCUGCAACCCUCUGCGCCCCAGGAUAAAAGUACCUGUGACUCCUGUGCCUUCUUGGCGGGUAAUGACAACCCACAAUCCACCAAUAUCGAGCGCAAUUUUUUAGGCAUGCGGCACCCGACAACAUUCUACACGGAAUUGGAAAAGUCAAGUAAAAUUCCCAUGCAACCGGCGACACAGCAUCACAACAAAACUACCAACAGUCACAUCAACCAUAUUUAUAAUAGUGAGACUGGUCUGUAUAAUUCGAAACGUAGUAGUGAGGCGAGCACGUACGUAAAACCACAGGCCACCGCAACGCCAUUCUAUGCGCAGCCGUCGCAAACAAGUAGCUCCAUGGUUUAUUUUGAUCCCUACAAAAACAAAUUAUCCACGAAGUUGGCAAAAUACAAUAUCGAUUACAGUGAUAAACCGUUAGAGGCCACAAACGAAGCGCCGUACGCGCAAAAUUUUCAACAGAACUACGGUGGAAAUACGUUCCAGGGUGCUGUGUACGGUGGAAGUUCGUCGCAAAGGAAUCCACUGACUGCGGUCACGAAUGCGCGCGAACCGCAGCAACGUCUAGGGAUGCCUUUUGGCAACACAGCUAUGGCAGUUGGUAUCAACAUCGGUACUACAAGUAACAGCAGCAACGUCGGCGCAACUUAUUUCGAUAAAUAUCUGUACACUGUAGUGACUACGGCUGCACAGUCACCAUUUUACACAUCUACACAACCCGCAAAUCUAUCCGCUGUCCCACCACAAUAUGCGUCUGAAAUACGGAACGAUACCUAUCAUAAGACAUCAACAUCUUCGUCAUGGCACUGGAGUAUGGAGUAUAGUAACGGUAAUUAUCGUUCCCCGUCACGGUAUUCCAACGCCAUUCCAACUGCCACCAUACCACCCACGAAUGCAAGCUACGUGUCGCCGAAUACCGCUGUCGCCCCCAGUCGUGAUAUAUAUUACACACCUGAGAAAUAUAGCAACAAAUAUGAUAAGUACAAUUCUUAUUACAAUCCUCACCAACAGUAUAUGACAACGAAUGCGGUUGGUCAUACCUUCUGGCCGAAUUCGCCUCAUUCCACACCGUACCUUGUACCCGCACUUAACGAUAGUUUGUCACACGCGUACUCGCACCACGCAUCGUUACCUCCGACCGGCGUCCCCACCGCUAUAGCACCAGCACCUACGCAUCCUUCACUCGCAUAUCACCAUCCCUUUCCACCUUCUGCAGCUUCAGUCACCGAUCGCCAAAGUUGUUGCUCACAACCAUAUCAGCAGCAGAAUUGUUACUAUCCGCGAAAUGCACAGCAUCCUCACCAUCUUCCUAAUGUAUACAGCUCACACACGCAAACCGCAAGUGGAAACAGCAACAACAAUACCGCAGGGAAGUAUGGAAUGCUUGAUUAUGGACAUGAUACCAAAGCCAAGGUCAAUACUAAUGAUAUCUAUGCUAGAACGACGCCUACCUAUGAGACCACAAAUAUAAAUUAUCAUUCUUACCCGGUAGGUAUUACCCACAAUCAGCAAUAUGAAAACCCUAUAACACCAGCUACCGUAGUUUCACAUCAACCGCUCAAUCCAAAUAUUACGCCACAUAGUGACAUCUCGACUGUUUAUUAUAAUGAUCUCAACAUGCAGACUGCUUAUGAUACCUACAUUAGCCCAGUUCAAGUGCCGGCGUUACUACAACGGUGUGAAAGUUUAGUACAACGUGUUGAGCAGCUACCAAAUUUGCCACCUCCCUACAUACAGUCCACUCCAGUGAAAAGUUCACUAACUGACUUUCGAAAGCCGCCAGAAAUAGUAGAUGAGAACUGUUUUAUAGCUGAAACGACGCGCACGAACAUAAACGACCAUUUGACUACAGAUAUGAGCAACUCUGCAAGCAACUUCCGACAUGAGAGUGGGAUGCGUCUCAGCAAUGCAAUCAUAUAUAGCCAAAAGACGGCGGAAGAGAGUGCAGAUAAGACUGGCACUCCACUUACGCCAACAACUAAGAUUUACUCUAGUCUGCGUGAUUUUCUGAGUACUUGGAAUGAAGAUGAAGAAGAUUUUGAAUUCACGGAUGAGCGGAAGUUGUCUGACACACCGCAUUUCGAUGAACAGAUAAUUGGCACAGAAGGCAAAACGAAUCUUGCUAAGAUAUCAAAUAAAAUGCUUUGCGUAUCAGGACUCCCAAGUGUGGCCAAUACACCAGUCUCAAUCACCCUCGAUUCCGAGGAAAUAAGUCGAACACCGCAACAACCAUCAAAUACCUCAGCAUCAAAUACACGUUCCAAAACGCACGAUGACGUUAAUGUAGGCAGAUCAACAGAUGUAGAGACAAAUCGAAAUGUAAGCAUAAGUUUGCCUGAUAUCAUCAUCGAUAUCGAAAGGUCUAGUAGUUCAACGCCAGCUUUUUCGAGCGCAGCAAAGGUCUUCAAGGUCGAUAUGAAUAUGAAAUCUAAAAGCGAAGAUAUACACUAUAAUAAUUUUGAUGUUGAAAAAGAGAUUGAUGAACUAAAAACAAAAAGGGUUCAACUAUCAAGAAAAAACCCUAAUAUACCGCCUCCAUGCACGGGUGGCGUAAUAAUGAGGACCGAAACCGAAGCGAAAGAAAUACAAACAAAAACCAUGCCCCAAAGUUUUAUUGAAGACGAAAAUGAUAAAUUAGAAAGUAUGAAAACGUCGAAAAGUUUUGAACUAAUUAGUAAUUCCUCUUACACAGCAGCAACGGAGAAAUUAGAAGAAAAUAUUAAUUCUUCAGUCAACAAAAGUGAGCUUACCUUAUCAACCGUCCAAACUAAACCAGACGUCUCUUGCGAUCGAGGUAUCGAAAGUGAUUAUACAACGAUUUCUAAUGGCUCCACAUUUGAAAGAGAAUACAAGACAUUUAUUAAUAAAAUAGGGAACAAUUUUGACCUCAACGUUGCUGUUAGUAAUGAGAGCAAUAUUGGCACAAUUAAUAUGGCUAACAAACUGACUGAUUCCGGAACUAUUCUUGAAAAUAGAAUGACUAAAACGUUUGCAAAACGUAAUCCCCAAACUGAUAUUGAUAUAAUACAUAAACUUAAAAGUUUUUCAAAAUUCUACAAACGAAAAUAUUCGGAUUUAAUAAAAUAUGAAGGUGGUAAUAAAUUACGAAAUCAAGGGCAAAUUUUAGUUAGCGAUUUAAAUUUUGCUGUGGUCUCAACAAAGCCCUGUAGAAAGGGGAAAGGAAAGCAGAUUCAUCUGAAACCAAGCAAAUAUUCAUUCUACCAAAGAACUUUACGAUCUUUACGGCGCCACCUUAUUAUAAGAGGUAAACGGCUGGAUUCAACUCUCCUCCUGCAACAACACAUUGCCCCAGUGGCGGAGAGCCCUUUACCUGUAAUCAUGAGGAAAGUUGCAAAGCAAUUUUCUAGUAGAGCUGAAAACCAAUUUAAGUUUUUUAAUCCGAAAACUCUAAAAUGCUUGACUAUAUGUUUAAUAAAUUCCGAGAUAUUUCGGAUUAAGCUCUUGAAUAGAGCAAAUUUUAAGAAAGACAUUACUGAACCUAAAAUAAUGAAUACAGCUCCAAAGAAGGAAAUUGAAAUUCCCAAUGAAAUGUUGAAAGCAAUAUCAGAUAUUCCGCCCCCAAACCAAGCACAAGUAAUUGAAAAUAAUGAGGAAUGUAAAAAAUCAGCUGAUAUUUUUGCUGAAAGCUCACUUAAUGAGCAACUACUGUAUGGAAUUAAGACGGCUGAAAAUUGCACGUAUCUUAACUCUUUGCGUCAUUUUGUUGCAGAAAACGCGCCUAGUAAAGAUAUUGUUGUAGAGGGAAUAGAAAGCAAGAAAACUGAAAUUUUUGAUGUUGAAAAUAAAAAUUUUAUUGAGUCGACAAAAGUCCUUGACGGGCCUCCUUAUGAAAUACCUCCAUCUUCACAGAAUAUGGAAGUACUUAAGGAGCAAAUUUUUGAAACAGAAAAGGUGGGGGAAGAAAGAACUGGAACAUCGAAUUUCAAUACAGAUAAUGGUAAUCGAGUCAAACGAACUAAAUUACAGCUCUCAGAAGAUGAAACAGAAAAAUCAUGUGCACAUUCCGAACAGAGUAAAACAAUAGAAAUUGGGUUUGUCACUGUACAGUUGAAAAAAACCAGCAAUACGAGUGUUGAAAUGGCUAUGCAUAACUUUGAGAAUAGAGAACCCACAUUGGACAUUGUUUUCCCAUCAAAAGAUGAGAAGAUUCGGUUAAACAGUUCUGGAGAGAAUGUGUACCGAAUCGUCGAAGAUCAUUUACAUUCGGAGAGGGUCAAACAUCCGCAGACCGAGAUGAAUAUAGAAAAAAACGAACAAUCGGUUAGAGCGGAUUCGCCAGGGAUAACUAGAAAUUGUGAAUUAUGUGAUGAACAGUCUGAAAGAUUAACAAAUUUAGAUGUAUAUGAGAUGGAAAAUAGUGUUGAAAUGUUUAGAGCCAAAAAAUUCGUUGAAUAUUUUCCUGAAUCACCAAGACACUAUUUUGAAAAGUCAGUUGACUUUGAUGAUAAAUCCCCAGACUGCUACUCGUCGGGAAGUUCCGAUUCAUCUGCAACAUCUUGUGGUCACAAAUUAAAAAUACUAUCCUCGUCAUCUUCUUACUUAUCCUCUGACGAAGAUACCAAAAGUAAUACGGGGACGACAUAUAGCGAUUCUAAUGAAAUGAAAGAAUCAGAAAAGGAGCUUUCUCAACGUCAAGCAAGUGAGUCGAGUAAUAAUUUCCAAGCAAUUGCAAAAGAAAAACAUAUUGAUGCAGACUUUUAUACCCAAGAUGGCAGCAGAGAUAAAAGGUACGAUGUUCCGGUCAGAACUAUAACAGAAAAUGAUAUCAAGACCUUGAAACAAACAUUAGGAAGGGGUAGUGAUGAACAUGAGCAAGAGGAAACCAGCCUUAAGAAGACUGACCAAAAUGUAUACGAAGAUGAAAGGUAUGCACAUGCCAGCAUUAAUACAAAUGUUUCGGAAGAUAACGAAUACCAUGAUGGAUAUAAGACUACGGAAGAUAACGAGCCGAUGCAAGCAGAAGAAAGUGUUGUAUUUAAUGACGAAUCAAAUUUGGAAGUUCCUGUGAAUGUAAAAGAUUCUUUGGGGUAUGAGGUGGGGAACGUGUUUGUAGAGACAAGCAGAUUAGAAAGAUGUGAUAAGUCAUGCGAAAUGGAGUGUUUGGAGACUGGCCUUGAAAUAGGCGAAAUUCAAUCCCAAAUCAAAUAUCUCUUUAAUGCAUCAUUAGGAGCUAGCAAGGAGAAUAGAGUACCGAGUUUAAAACAAAUACUGCUGGACUUUCUUGAGAGAGAAAAUUCCAUAGAAUAUGAUUCAAAAAUUCACCGUACUGAAGAUGAUAUAAAUAGCAGAAUACCAAAGCUAAGUGACCUUUGUAAAAUUGCCUUAUGUAGUUCCUUCGAAAUUAGCGCCACCAGUAAUACAAUCCAAAAUGUUCCAGAAAAACUGGAGCGCGAAUUGAGCGUUGAAGAAGCUUUAGCGGAGAUGUAUCGACAAGCCGGUGUCGCUUUAGACCCCGAAGAUGGCGAUGAAGAAGAGAAAGAAGAUCGUGACUGUGAUAUGAAUGAAAAUGCGCUUAGCGUUGUGGCGCAUGCACAAGAGGUGGAUUUGCCUAUGGCAGUCCACGACGAUGAGGAUAAUAUCGCAGUUAGAGAUGAGAAUGACGAAGCGGUUAAAGAUGUCGCGCGUUUAGAAAAUUGCCUACAAGAAGUGAAAUUGACUUACGAAACGACGGAUUUAUUUGGACCUUACUCGACUACAGACGCGGGUAUGCCGCAUUUGUUGAAUGAAGCGGAAAUGUCUUAUACAACACUCACUCGGACUGUUCCAACUGAAAUUACCGAGGAUGCGAUGAUAUUCGAUAAUGAACAUCCCAUUCAUAUGGAUUCACUUGAACCACAGUUUUAUUUUCCCGCAAUACAUCACGAAGAAAUUGUCUCACAUGAUUACAGACGUCUCAAGCGGCAGAUAUUAUACAGUAGUUUGCGUGAAAAAUAUGUGUUGAAAAGAGUAAAUUUUAGGGCCCAUUAUGGUAAUCGUUUAUUAAAAAAGUACAUACACCGUUGGAUAUUGCAAUGCCUGAUAGCCAGGUUCAGGGAACGGGAAUUGAAGAAGGUCCAAAUAUAAGAAGAUAAGUAGAGGUGAGAAUUUCGAUAGCUGCAGAAGUAGAUAUACAUAUAUCGUUACCUUAAUAUAGAAAGGCCCCAAUCUCACAUCGUCGCUGAAAUGCCAAA